AUGGAGCAGCGCGAAAGGCGAGACACUUCUAAGGAGAGCCUGGAAGGUGUGUCGAGUGCCGGGAAUGAUAUUUUACUGCUCCGAACUUUCGAUAAUUAUUUUUCUCAGUUUGGUCAGGCAGACAUGAAGACGGCCGCGGUAGCAGCAUCAGCACCGGCAGGAGGACAAUUUGUUACAAAAUGGAAGUCGUCCUAGCAGCCUGGACUCGUGUAGGCUCGACAGGCUGCACUGGCUUUCACAUCAGUCGCCAUUAAUGGGCUGUGUUAGUGCUCCCAGAGUAAGCUCCGUGUGAUUGGGUGGGCGGGGGAGCAAUAUCGAAGUUUUAAGCGAUGAGUGACCUGAUUUGCAUCCUACGAUCAGCCCUUCUCGAAGAUCACUCCAUUAGUUAGCUGGCGGCGAAACCACGGAAGGUGACUUUUCACUUAGAUGAAAUGCAUCAGUCUGGCUACUUUUAAACUCUCAGGCCGCAUUAAACGGAGAGACUGAGAGUAAAACAGUGAAGGGAAUUUUCUUUAACAUUCCCGGGAUUCGUAUUUUUUUAAAUUAAUUCGCGGGAAUUGAAGCAAAUUUGCAAGCGGACACGAACAACUCGGACACUGCGUAACUUGGAGGCGGCCUAUAUAUGGCGGCUGAAACCAGACCUAUGUACCCAGUUGGAAAAUGUGAUUAUCCUAACUAUGCCGUGGUAACCUGUAGCUCCUUGAUUUUUACAUUUCCCCUUUCCUGUUUGCUUGUUACUGUUUCCCCACUAUCCGUUCUCAUACUGCGUUUAAGUUACUAAUUUUAAUGACUAGCCUACGUUACCCCAUGCCAUGACCUUGCUGUGUGGCAUUGAUUUACUGUAUGAAUUCAAAUUAUGCUAUUCUUCUUACUCGUUAUUUAUUUCAUGAAACGAUAAUACGCAGCUGAUGAGCCGUCGUGCAAUUUGUUGGUUUCAAUAAAUUUUGCUUUGCAUGCUUGCUUCAACGUCGUAGAGGGAAAAAGUGUUUCAUAAUUCAUGAGAGGUAAUCCUUGCCAUACCUUUGCGCCUCUUCUCUAUCUCUUUUUAAUGCCUUUCCGAUUUUUUUAAAUCAGACUAAAAGACGGUCGAGCAUACGGUCACAGGCGGUAGAAUAUUGUGAACAUGUGGUCUUUGCUAGAACAUAAAUGAAAAAUAAUAACUGCCUGUUUUCGGUCCGGUCAACACCCAAGUCAGUGUUGAGUCAUCAGUUUUCUGGCCAAAUGGAGGUCAUUCAUGUGCCCACAGAUUAAUUCUGCCCUGAAGCAGAGCUAGCAAUGCUUUGAACUUUCAGCAAGGCUUCCGUGCCCUGACCCCUUGUUUUCUCCCUAAGGACACAAACAGACACAACCCUGUUUUCCAUUGUCCGAUUUUGUUGAAGAGGAGGAAGACAUUAAAUGCGGUGAGGAAAAUCCCAAUUCCAAGCCGCCUCAUUCCACUCUCCCAUCCCCCUUCAACGCAGUAGACUUAACCCCGUUCUUUACAUGCCUCGUCGGUACUAAUGAUGAGGUUGGUGAUGAUGAUAAUUAUGGUGGUGGUGGUGGGGGUGGUGAUGAUGAUGAUGACGAGCCGAGAUGA